AUGGCUUCGAUACCACGAAUAGUACCUUGGACUUCACCACAAGAAUAUCAGAAUGUUUACCAAUGGUUAUAUUCUGAUUCUCCAGAAUUACGGGAAUUAGGUGUUAAACGGGUCAAAGCCUGGUCAAGCCGUGGAAAAAUUCCUCAAUCUAUAGUGUUUACAGCUGCAUUUGUUGAGGCAUCAUUAAGAGACGAAUUUUCAUUCGGAAAAAUCAAAGUAUCUAAUUAUGAAUUAAGAUUAUUAUAUUCCAUGGCAUUUAUUAGAUUUGUUAAUGGUAUGAUAGAUCCAAACCAAGGAAAAUACGCCAAAUCUGUUGCAUCUAUAGCUCAUAAACUUGAUAUGCCUUCAUGGUUCGUUGAUUUACGUCAUGCUGGAACACAUGAACAUCUUCCUAGUUUACAGGUUUUACGAAAGGGAUGUCAACAGGCAUUGAAAUGGCUCGAAGACAAAUAUUGGACAGCAGAAAAGCCUGUAAUUUUAGCACAAAUAGAUGAAAUUCGUUCACUAAUAAUUGAUUAUAAAAAAUAUUCAAAAGAUCCUGAUUCUAACAAAAAGAUAUCAACGAAUAAUGUUUUGAAGAAAAUUUCAAAUUUAAUUACUGUGGAAUACAUAAGAGAUAUACUCGUGCCUGUUCUAUUGGAAAAUGGAUAUUUGAUUCCAAAAGGAAAAAAAAAACGAUCAUCAAAAUCAAAUAUAACAUUAUCAACUAAAUUAAUAGAAAUAUGGUUUCCAAUGCUGCAAAAAUUUGGUUAUGAAUGGCCUACUUUUUAUGAUGAGUUAGUUCAGGAAAUGUUAGAGAAAAUGACAUCCAAUGAUGAAGAAGUCUAUAUUAAUUUUUCUGAUCAACUGGAAAUUUUUCAAAAAUCUGAAUCAUCACAACCUAAAAACAUAUCUUCAAGUUAUCUUUUCACUUUAG